AUGCACGCAUUUACGAAUUGUAUGCUCCAUUGCUUUCAAGUGCUGACCAGCGUGAAGAAGACGGUCUGCCUUUUUGCUGUUCGUGAACAACAGCAUCUGCUAAAGGAGAACCUUGAGCUUCGAGGAUUUGCACCGCUUGAGGAACAUGGUGCUGCUUUAACGUCGCAGUAUGAAUGGGCGCUGCAAACAUCGACCUCUGAAGCAAACGGUGCCUCACAAGUGACGCCCUUGUUGGAUGAUAAAGCAGCCAAAAUUCGUGCAUGGAGAUUGUACCACUUCGCGCAUUAUUUGUGCGACGGCUACGAGGGAAACCCGUUGCUUUUCUAUAAUGCAUCGGGACAAUUUACGACGUCACCAUUGGCCGGAAAAGGAGAUCUUCAGCAAGAAAAUGAGACGCCGAGUGCAUUGGAUUUACUGAACCUGGGAUUUUUGUCGACCGACAACGUUAAACAGCAGCAUACAGAAGUACAGGAAGCUAUUGGCAACGGUUGCCAAGCUGGCUCUGGCGUGGACGAGGACGACGAUUUUGAAGACGAGGUGAUCGUGUUUAGACCGUCGCCAGUGUUAAGAGAAAUGUCAGGAGACCACUCAAGCAAACAACUUCUUGACUAUGCAACAAGUGCGCCUUCUCCGUUGGAUGCUUUGUCUGGUGAUUGUACAUUUAGCCUCCGAGCCCCGAGUCCAAUCUCACGAGCAGACGACAAGGGCCCUGCAAGCGACGCAAGCGUUAGCAGCAAGAGUAGUGCGUUUGGCACUGGCCAUGGUUCGUUUGGUUCAUCACUUGGCUACCCUAGCUUUAACACAUUUAACGAUGGUGGUAGCUUUUCAAGUGAGACCUAUCUGACAGGGUGGGGAAACAGCAUCAAGAGCAGCGAUACUAACGGCAACGGCAGCAUACUAGGGGGAAGUCUGGGCUUAGGUUUGGGUUUGCCAUUCAGUAGCCUAAACACGGAAUUUAUGAUGCCUUCAGCCACCUCUGGAAGAAAUAAUGAUGCACAGAGCCAUGGCUUGAGCAACCGCGUUGAAGAAAGCCAAUAUUUUGCACCCAUGGCUGAUUUGGCAGCUGUAGAGCGUGAAUCGGCUCUGUACCAGCAGAGGACUUCGAGCUUGAGUGUGUUCUUAGGCACCUCUACACCAGCGAGCCAGGCUGAGGUGCAGAGCCCAUCGCCUCCACGAAUUCCAACCCGCCCACCUCCAGGUUUUGCUGCCACUUUGAUGAGAGAUGAGGAGCAGCAGCAGAAGUGUACGUCGGACCCAUUUCUUACUCCUUAA